AGUUUAUUAAUAGUAGAGUAGCAUUCGCGUGAUACUGACGUCUAGUGCUUAUGAUAAACUGUUAUUAUUGAAAUUAUCCAAUCUUUGGUAAUACGAGAAUCAAGUCGCAAAUAUCAUUUAAAAUGCCUUUUAAAAGAAUUUGGGACGAAUCCUGUCCUCGAGUUUGGAAUAAGUGGGAGGCUAACGGACAGGAGUGGGUUGUCCAAGACUUGGAACCGAAAGACGAUGAAGAGGCACUUGAAAUUUUACUGGAACAUCUUUGUACUGAUGAAAUUCUUUGCUCCUUAAGCAAGAUUUCGGAAGACGAAGAAAGUGUCGAGGGUAUGAAGAAAUUUUGGUUGCCCUGUAUAGCACAGAGGAUGAGUCUUGCGCUCUACACCUGGGUAGAUGGUAAGAAGACCCUGGUAGCUUUAAACGUAUGCGUAGCCAUGUCUGCUGGUGAUACUUUUCCAGAUGUUGAGUCGCCAGGGUCUUUAGACAUGAAUCUGCAAGAGAUCAAAGGUGAGAAAUGGAAGAACGUGUUUAAAGCGCUAUUGUACGUGGAAAACAAGCGAGAUCCGCACAAAUACUUGGGACUGGAUUUACUGUUACAUGCGUUUGGGCUUGUUGUUAAGAGAGAGUACAGAGGACAAAGGCUUGGUGCUAAAUUGUUGGCUGCUAGAGAGCCACUAUCAAAAGCACAUGGAAUCAAAGGCACUACGACGGUGUUUACUGGUCCAGCAUCACAAAAAUUGGCAGCUAGCUGUGGCUUCGAAAGUAUUUGCGAAGCAUCCUGGAAGGAUCUGGCUGAUUCAGGAUUAGACUAUCCUCCUGAAACUAACAAAUAUAUUAAACUUAUGGUUAAGCGAUUUGACUAAGCAUUAGAAUUUUGGUUGAACUAUAGAUUUCACUUAUGAGACAAAUUCGGAUUGGCUAUAUAUUAGCGCUUAGUGUGCAUUUAUUUAGGUCACUAAACUAAGGUCCGAAUUGCCUAAUUGUUUUUGUGUUAAGAGAAGCUAGUAAUCAGCUGUUCAAAACGAAAUGUCUAAAUUGUACAUCCACAGAAAAUAAUAUCUAAGUAUUAAAACGUUAUUUAUUUAAUUAGUUUUAGCUAAAUAUUUUAUGAAAAUACGAAUUCAAUAUUUCUAUUGUCCGUUUAAGGUUUUCACAUG